AUGUCGCUUUUGGGGGGGGGGGGGAGCAAGCUUUGGCUAAGGGGUGGUGGGGGUUUGUUUGUCAUUGUCGUCGUCGUCGUCGUCGUCGUCAUUGCUGCUGCCGUUAGAGGUGUCAAGAUAAAGCAAAGCCCGGAGAAGGUAUCCCAACGCACAAGGGAAACCCCACGAGAGUGGAGCAAACAAGCAAUAACGGGGGACGGAGCAUGUGUGGCGGCCAUCGAAUGGCCUGGAACCCCCACCACUGGAGGGAAGGGUCUUGGCUCGGGUGCGGUACAGUGUAGUGCAGGCCAGGCCCCCACCAGCCCAGGCCUGGCCGUUGGAGCUAAGGGAGAGGAGAAGAAGAAGAGUAACAGAAAGAAGGACAAGAAGAGGGAGAGAGAGAAGAACCGGGAACAAGGCUGCUUGAUGAUUGAGAAUCGAGAUGACUGA